AUGAGUUCAGCUCCGGUACAGGGACUUUCUGUACAGCUGCUGGCUGCCAAUUACUUGAGUAAGAACGUGGCCCUACCUUCAUUUGUCCUGUCGCUCAAACCACGGUCUUUGCUGGAUAUCUCCGAUACAAGAACACAAGAAGUGCUUGUGGUGAGAGACCUCUUGUACGUUUUGAUAGGCUACGAGGGCAAUUAUGUUCGUUACAGUGAACGUUACGACGCCACAAGAGUUCAGGAUCGUAUCCGUGGGCCCGAGUUCAAGACAGCCAAGCACUUGAACGUGGCUUUGAAGAGCAUCACCAAGAAGCUCGCUACCUACGGCAAAUGGUACUCGGGACUCGACAACUUUGUGCAGAUAUAUGACCAUCCGAACUUGGGAAGAGUGAACCAGCGACUUUGUUUUGAAAUCAGGGGGUUUCUCAAGGAAUACCAGAAGCUCAUCUUGGAGUUUGAAGACCACGUCAAGCAGGCCCCGCUCUCGGUCACAGAGAUGGACAACAUCAUAAUGCAACGUUGCGCCAACACAAUGGCCCAUCUCUACGAGAUUGUCAACACCAUCCAUAUGAGGACUGAAGAACGUACGGAAUCUCCGACUUUCAACUCCUUCCUUGAAUUUGUCAAACAAGAUCUCGAGAUGAACGGCUCCAUUAGCUCGUCAACCGAUACAAACAAGUUCUCUGUAUGUAAAGGUGGGGUCGUAUUGCAGCUUGUGACUGAAAGAAUUAACUCCUACAAGGGAGACUCCGUGGCAUUUCAGUUUCUAACACAACUCUUCGACGCCAUAUCCACAGAUUAUGUAUCCUUGCUCAAUGAAUGGCUUAUUGAAGGCCACAUACAAGAUCCUUUUGGUGAGUUUCUCAUCAAAAAGAACGAACUACCGGCAAACAUCUUCUAUUCAAACAUGGAGAAGUACUGGAGUGAGCUUUAUGUCGUCAAGCUCGACGGAGUACCGGACCAGCUUUCCAGCAAAGACAUACAACAGAAGAUCUUGGCGACUGGAAAAUACUUGAACAUUUUCCGCCAGUGCAGUGGGAUAAUAAGCUUCAAGGAUCUCCCUGAGUUUGCCCAGGUCUCCUCCAACCCAAUUGACAGUUUGUUUUCGCCAGACCUUCACUUGAAGAUUAUUCACAGCUACAAAAUGGCAAAUAAGCUUCUCUUGAGGCUUUUGUUAGAAGGCUACCAAUUCCAGACCCUCAUAGAGAACCUACACGAGACCUACCUUUUGAACAAGUCCUUUCAAAUUGACAAGUUUAUUACUGCUGCUUUUCACGAUCUUUCAAGGGAUAAACACGCGGUACCUACUGCGAGAGUCCAACGGCUUUAUGAUCAGGUCGUUCGGAAGCCUUCUGACGAGCCAUCAUCUGGCGAACCAAGUAUAUCGGACAUUCUUCCUCACUGCGAGGGGUUCAGCGUGGACACUAAUAACUUCUACGAGCUUGCAGAGGAGAUCAUUGCCAUUGAAUCCUUUGACGCCGAUAAAGAGAUGAAAGACACAGACUCUGUACUGAACGCCAUCAAAAGAAUUGUGAGUCAAUCUUUGUCCAGACGACAGGCGUCUCUGUCCGAGUCGGAGAGGACUCGCUCGCUGCAUGAUGUUGAUGCUAUUGAUCAGUACACUGUAGCAAGUGUGAACGUUGACUUGAGUCUUCCAUUUCCCAUUAAUCUCAUAGUUGGUGACAACUUUGUGUUUGAAUACCAGCUUCUUUUCAAGCUUCAGAUGCUUUUGAAAUACGCAAGCAUGGCAACGGAUAGGACCUGGAAAGAGAUCAACUUCUCCACUGUGUGGAGAUACAGAGGAUUCCAUCCGUCCGUGAAGACCAGUGUGGUGAAGUGCAGAGCUCUCAAUGCGAACGUGAAGGGUUUCAUGAAUCUUUGUCAAAGCUACUUCAAUUAUCUGAUUGUUGAGGAUAAUUUCCUGACCUUACUUUCAAUCCUCGAAAACAACGAAAAGAACUUCAUCAAAUCCUUCUUCAAUGGCAACGAUGUGUUUGAUGCAAAGAUAAAUGCCAUGAGUAAUAAGCAAGGCUCCUCUACGCAUUCAGAGGAGAGCUUUGAUGACGUACAAGAUUUGAAAAACCACGUCGGCACAUAUCUCAACAACAUGUUGCGGGAUGCCAUGGUGACUGACGGAAAGCUUCUUCUGAGUCUUCACAACGUCUUGAAUGUUGUGAUCCACAUCAACAACUACAUGAGCAGGCUCAAGAAGUCGUUGGUGUUGAUGGAUGAGAGACAGUUUGCUGCAUUUAGACGAGACAUGCCCGAGCGAUUCGCAGACCUGGAGGUUAACCCCGAGCUAAUUGGUCUGAGAGCGGCUUCGUUCAAGCAGAUUGUGGAUGCUUACACAGAGACAUUUAACCAGGCGGUGAGUGACAUGUUGUUUCUUCUUCGCAGCACCAGUGUUAGCGAGAAUCACCAUUUGCUGGGAUUUGCAACGCAAUUGGAGGCUUCCGUCGGGAGGUAA